AAAUGUUUUAUAAUUAGAUUCAUUUUCAUUUUGUGAAGAAUACAACUUUCUACAUCAGAUGAGAUAUAUGUUAAAGAAAGCAUUAAAAAUAAGAGUAACAAAUCAUACCGCUCUUCAUUGCCAGAACCUCCGCCACCUAUUAUGAAUAAGCCCAAUGCUAAAAAGUUGUUAUUAGAUUCAAAGAUUGAAGAAGAUAAUUUUUCUUCACGUUUUAUUGAUGAACACCAAGCAAAGUUCACAUUGUCAAAGAGUUUUAAGUUUUAAUAGAUGCAAAAUGUUAUUCUCAAGGAGCUUGCAGAAAUAAAAGUUCUUUUAAAAGAAGUUAUAGAAAUUAAGUUUCAGACUACUGGGGUGAAGUUGCUAGAAUCGGUGGACAAAGUGGUUACACUGGAUAAUAAACUAAAAGAUAAAACCGAGUAUACUAAUUUGCUUGAUAGUUUAAAAAAGAUUGGUGGUGGAAAGCCAAGAAAACAUGUUUUUUUGAUCAUGAAAAGGUUAUUUUCGAAUCAGUUACAGUCCAAAUUAAAUUGAAAAGGAAAUGGGGAAAAGAUAAGCUUAGAAAAUCUAGUAAAUAUAUGGAGUGUUUUACGAGGAUGAAUUGCUGAAGAUAAAUGUCAUGUAGUAUUUGCAACUCAGCAAAAAAAUAUCAUGAAAAUUUUGAAAUCAUUUCUCCUUCUCCUUGUGAUCCAAGAUUCUUUAGUUAUUGCUGCAACAAGUAUUGGUUACAUUCAACCUAACUGCGGAAGUUAUGCGGGAGGAACUAUAAUCAAAAUUUUCGGUCGAGCGUCGAGAUAGUUGCACACCAAGAUUAAAAAAAGUUACACCUACUGCUGGAUUACCUGGGGAGAUUGUUCAACUUGAAGGUAGAAUUUUUACUACACAAAUUACUCAGUUAUCACAAGAUUUUGAUCCUAACAACAAUGAGAUUUCGAAAAUGUUUGUUGGUGAUAUUUGUGAACCAUUUGAUCCCAAUACUAAUGAUCUGUUCUUGGAAAGCUUCUUUUAUCAUAAGCAAUUCUGCUGGUCGUUCAACACGAGAAAAAUCAUCUAUAUUGGUUGAUCAAAAUGACAAUAUUUAUAACUAUCAAACUUUUGCAGAAAUUGAAAGUAUAUCACCAAGAAAUGGGAGUGUAGAAGGAGGAACUGUUAUUACAAUCACAGGACGAUUUUUUGGAAACAAUCAAGAUAAUGUAAAAGUUAAAGUUCAUGGUGUUGAUUGUGCAGUUACUUCGGUAGUUGAAACGCAAAUAAAUUGCAUAACUGGUCCACUUAAUGCAACCUAUCAAACUGGUGAUGUUUUUCCAGGUGGUCGUGGCCAUGACAUAGAGAUAUGGCCAAAAGCAAAUAAUUACAUAAUGGAUAUUAAAAACAAGUUUAAUGAUUCGUUUCCAGUUCCUGUUGUCAGAAACACAUUGUAUACAGAACUACAGAUUUAUAGCAGAAAGCAGUUCUUACCAUCACGAUAUCCUGCUAUUAGUGCAAGAGUUACAGGAUUUUUGCGACCUCCACAGGAUGGCUUUUAUCAUAUUAUGAUAAAUGCUGAUGAUGGAAGUAUAUUAGAGAUCAGCGACUCUCCUUCUAAUAUGUCCUCUACAAAAAUGGUUAAAGUUUGUGGAAGCACUUAUUGGACACAGUCAAGUUUUUUUACAUAUACAGAACAAAAAUCCAGAAAAAUGUACAUGAGACGAGAUCGGGAAUAUUUUUUCAAAGCUUACUUAGCAGAUGGUGGCGGAGAAUAUCAGUUAGAGAUUGGGUUAUUGGGUUAUAAAACCAACCUGAGUAAUGCUGAUUUUGAUAAAGUUUUUAAUGAAGUUCAAAAUAUAACAAUAUAUUCUGUUUACAAACCUGAAAUCCAGAUGAUCGAUGUUAGCAACUUGAAUAUAACCAGUCAAGUUUCAUUAACAUAUGGAAGUCGCAGCACACGUUUGUUUUCAGUUAAUAGUUCUGUCACAGAUAUUGAAAACAAAUUAAAAACAGACAUCUUUUCAGAAAAUUGCUCAUUUGUAUCAACCUCUGGAGCAAACGUAUUUUACUCCGAGGGUUAUGAAUUUGAUUUAAGAGCUGGAGGCAAAGAAUAUGGUGUUCGAAUAGAGAAUCAACGUCCAUUUUGUGGUCGUCGCAUGCUUCAACUUUCAAGUGAUCUGAUAAUAUUUUAUGCUGAUCUAACUGUUGCUAAUGACACUACAAAAAAGUCAUCCUUUGAUAUUUCUGUAUAUAAAUAUCUAUGUUUUUUUAUCCGUGGCGCAUUUGCAAACAGAAUUAAUAUAAUGUUCUCCUAUAAAAAAAUUGAUGGCUCAACAGGCAGUGUGGUAAAAAACUACCCCUUUAUUGACGAUAAUGGAAUGGUUUGUAUGAAUUUGGUAGAUACUAUAACAACUGAAAGUAUUUACAAAUUUCCUAUAAAUAUCAUAUAUUUGCAACUUGUUCGUGAUCCCUCUAAAAGUUCUUUACCCCAAAUUUAUGUUGAUGAAAUAUGGAUAUCAAACAUCAGAAGAGAUAUUAACAUUCUUAGUAGUGCACCGGGCACGUGGGUUGAUAUGAUAAAGGUUGAUAGUAAAACUACUUCAGGUACAAAUGAAAAGAAAUGGAAUAUUUCCAUGUAUAUUAAUUUGUGUGGUAACAACCCAUAUACUUUUGAAGCAGUUAGUGAUGGAAAACCAGUUUCAGUAUUUAAAUAUCAAACCUCUACUCCACCACUUUCUGGAACAUUCAAGAUUUCCCAUGUGCUUAAUGAUGGAACAACUGUUUUAACUGAUGACAUUCCUCUCAAUGUAGAUGUAAUUACUUUAAAAAAAACACUUGAAGACAUGAUACCUAACGCAGUUUUUAUUGUUAGUAGUUAUAAUAAUUGCUCUUAUUACCAAUGGAGAGUUGAGUGGUUUUCUGGAGGGGGUGAUAAAGAACUAUUGCAGCUUAUAAUUGAUAAUGUAAGAGGUCAGGAUGUUUUAAACAAUACCAUUGUUAUUCAAAAUGGAGGUAUUCUGUUUGGGCCACUACCAGGAGAAUUUCUUCAACUUGCUGAGCCUAUUCCACAAGUUGUUGUUUCGGUCAACGGAAUAGUAUCAAAAUGCAAAACACGUGGAAUGUGUGCAUAUACAUAUUCCACAUUAUUGACACCUCAAUGUUUAAUGAUAACACCAUCCAUUGGAGGAUAUAAAAGUAUUGUUACUAUAACUUGUGAAGGUUGUCAAAACAAAUCAAAUGUUUUUAUUGGUGGUGUAGAGUGCAGUGUUACAAAGCAGUCUGAUAAAAUUAUUACAUGUACUGUUGGUGAGCUCCAAGCUGGAAUCCAACCUGUUGAAGUUUUUGUUGAUGGGGUUGGAAAAUGUCAGCAUCCUAUUGAUAGUAUUUUGACAUUUGAAUAUCAAUUUAGUGUAAGUAAAAUAUAUCCUGAACAAGGUGCAACUACGGGUGGGUUACCUAUCACAAUAGAAGGUUUUGGUUUUGGAAAUAGUAUAAUUGGUGUGUCAGUAUCAUUGGGAUCCUACAGCUGCUUUGUUACAAAUGUUACAAUGUAUAAAAUAAUUUGCAUAACAGAAAGUGGAAGUAAUAAUACAGUCGAUCUGAAUAUUGUUAUUAAUGGAAAACAGAUGAAAGGAGGGAGUUUUACUUAUAAUUCCUCACUGAAUCCAAUUAUUAGCAGUGUUUCACCUGAAAGUAUUCAUGUUUAUGAUGAAAUAGUUACAGUGAAAGGAUCAGGCCUAAGUUCUACUAAUGGAGAAAGUACUUUGAUCACUUUAAAUAGAAAAGGUUGCGAGGUUAUAUCAUCGACAUCAAAUGAAAUUAAGUGUCGUCUUCCAUCUUUGGACUCACUCGAGGUUUUACUUACUGUUUUUGUACCUGGUGCUGGUUCAGUUUCUUUUCAAUUAUCUGUUGAUUUAAAAUUUGAUAGUUUUUUGCCGAAUACUGGUUCAUUUUAUGGUGGAACAAAAAUGACAUUGAAUGGAAGAGGUUUUGGUGAAAAUGCUUCUGUUGUUAAUGUAAGCUUCAGUGGUAAAAAAUGUGGUGUACAGAGUUGCGCUGACAACAAAAUUGUUUGUAUAACAUCAAGUUUCUCCAACACAUUUUAUGUUGACAACUUUGAUAGAGGAGUCCCUGCUGGUACAGCUUGGAGUAGAAAUACUAUCAACAUCAAUAAGGGUGACUCAAUUAAGUUUUCUUGGAAGUCGAACCCUGACUUAAGUUAUUUUAUCUCAAUUAUAAGAUACCCUAUAGACAAACCAGAAAAUGCAGAGCUUCUAUGUCAUGGUGGAUCUUCUGGUAGUUGCACUGUAACUUAUACUACUAUUGGAACAUUUGUUUUUUCAAGUGGAAAAUUUAUUAAGAAUAAAAAUGACGAAUUCAAAGGAAUUGUUGUAGUAUCACCAUUGCCACAAAUGCAAAGUGGUAUAUUGCUAUCAAUCAAAGGUAUUGUUGUCCAAUUACCUUCUGGUCGAAAAAAAAGAGAUAUUUUCUCAAACAACUUCUUAACCCCAACUUCAAGUGUGGAAGUGAUAGGAAUCAAUAAUGUUGCUUCAUGUUCAAGUAUCCAUAUUAUAGGUAUUGGAUUUAGCACUACUGCUGAGAAUAACAUUGUUAAGUUUGGAGAUUUUUUGUGUGUGGUAACAUCUGCUAAUUCUCUAGAGAUUUAUUGUGAUCUUAAUAGAAAUCCUGUUCGACCAACAGCUAUGAGAUUACCUAUAACAUUAUCUGUUGUAGAUUUUGGUAAUGCAAAUAUUGAUAUAACACAGGUAGCAGACCAAUCAGUCAUUUGUUUUCCAGAAACCCAAACUAUAAGCCCAAAGUAUGGCUCAAUUGCUGGUGGCACAACAGUUAAUAUCAUUGGUUUUAAUUUGAACUUACCUACCACAAAUGUUUAUAUUAAUUUCAAUAAGUUAUUAAUUUGUAGAAAGGUGUCUCAGUCCUUCUACAACUUAUUAUGUGUCAUGCCUCCAUUGCCAUCAAUAUCAUCUCAGCAAUCAAGUGCUAUAAUUUCUGUUUGUGAUGAUUCUGAGUCACAAGAUAAUUGUUUUAAUAAACCUUUUCUUAACUUUGAUUAUCAAAUGAGUAGUACUCCAGAGAUUAUAUCUAUUGCACCUACUACUAUCCAAACUUCUAGAUCAUCAAUUCAAAUUUCAGGUAAAAAGUUUGGUGAUGUAUCAAAUGUACUUGUUCAGAUCGGCCCUUCAAACUGUAAUAUUAUUAGUUUAACUACUCAAAAUGAUACACAAACAAUAACAUGUGUUGUCAGUUUACCAGCAGGUGUUUAUAGUGUAAAUGUUUUUAAUUCAGAUUAUGGAAAUUCAUUAAACGCAGCUAAUCUUAUGGUUACUAGUUUAGCUGUGUUGAAUAGUAUUAUGCCAACUAGUGGCAGCAUAUAUGGAAAAACAACUGUUGUAAUUAAAGGAAAUGGUUUUUGCACAAAUAUGCAGGUGAAGUUUGACACUCUUGAUGCAACUGUUCAAAAAAAUACAAUUGAUGAAGUUGUUGUUUUAACUCCUCCACGUAUUGCUUCAACUGUAACAGUCUCAUUGUAUUGCAGUGGUAAAAGUCUUGUGUUUGGAUCAUUUAUAUAUGCUUCCUCAUCGACUCUUUCAAUAACAAAUAUUGUACCUAAUUCUGGAAAUGGAGGAGAUGAAGUUACUAUAAAUAUUAAAGCAGCAUCAUUUGAUAAUUUAACAGUUUUAGUAUCAGGAAAUAGUGCAAACAUUACAAAUAUUACAAAUAUUAAUGUAACAGAUGGAUCUGCAUCUGUAAAAUUUAUUUUGCCAAUAAGUGCUGCAGGCCCAGUUUCUGUUGCAUUCAUAGUUCCUUUACUUGGAUUGUCUAAUCAAGUUCAGUUUACAUACAAUUUAACAGUUUUAAGUGUAAGUCUUUUAGAAAGUGGUUAUGGAGGUGGUCAUUAUGUUGAUAUUUCUGGUAAUGGGUUUAGCAAUGCAAGUAGCGUGUAUAUAUGCAGCAAUCAAUGUACUCAAACUAAUGUUAUUUCAACCCAGAUGUUAAACUGCAGAAUACCUCCAUAUACACCCUCAAGUUCUCCAACAACAGAGUGUAGCAUUAUGGUAAGUGUUCAAGGUUUUAACUUUACAUUUGGUCAAAAGUAUGUCUAUAAAGCAUCACUUACAUCUUCAUUAACUAGUAUUUUACCAAUUCGAGGAGGAACUGGUGGUGGAGUAAACUUGACUAUUUCAGGAACUAACUUUGAUCUAAGUUCCCAGGUAAAGAUUGCUGGUGUCGUUUGUCAAAUAAACUCUAUAUCAAGCUCUCAAAUUAUUUGUCGCUCUGGUCCAUCUAAUAAAACAGUACAAAAUUCAGCAGUUGAAGUUUUUAGCAAUAAAAAUGGUUUAAGUUUAUUUGGUAGUGUCUCUUUUUCAUAUAUUGAUGUUUGGAGUUCAAAAUUUACAUGGGGAGGAAAUGAUCCUCCUGUUGAAGGUGCCUUAGUUAUUAUUCAAAAAGGUCAAACUAUGUUGCUUGACGUAAGUACUCCAGUACUAAAAGUAUUGCUAAUUAAGGGUGGCACUUUAAUUUUUGAUGAAAAAGACAUAGAACUGCAUGCUGAAAAUAUUUUAAUAGUUGAAGGUGGCGUAUUUUUAGUUGGUUCUGAAGACCAACCAUUUCAACAUAAAGCUAUUAUUGAACUUCACGGACAUGUUAGAUCUGUAGAGCUUCCUGUUUAUGGUGCAAAGUCAUUAAUUUUGCGUCAAGGUUACCUUGGUUUGUAUGGAAAACACAUUAUGAAUACAUGGAGUCGAAUUGCAAAAACUGUGAAUCCUAAUGAUGUUGAAAUGGAACUUAUUUUUGAAGUACCUGAUUGGAAAGUAGGAGAUGUUAUUGUUAUUGCUGCUACAGGAAGAAGCAUUAGAGAGAAUGAAGUACUUACAAUAACAAAAGUUAAUGGUAAAUUUGUAUCUUUUGACCCACCUUUGAAAUAUAUGCAUAUUUCAGUCACACAGUUCAUUGAAGGAAGGUAUAUAGAAACCAGCGCUGAAGUUGGUUUACUAUCUCGAAAUGUCAUUGUUCGUGGUUCAAAAAAUGAACAAUGGAAUGAUGUAAUUGUAAAUUGUCCAGAUGAUUUUGACCCAGGACAGUUUGCAACACAAACUUGUUUUGAUGGUCGAUUUGGCGAAGAGCGUGGCAGUGAUCAGUUUGGAGUUCAAAUUAUGGUACAUUCAAAUAAAAUGAGUGAAGGAACAGCUGUUGCCCAUUUUCAUUAUAUUGAAGUUACAAAUGCAGGUCAAGCUUUUCGUUUAGGUCGUUAUCCAAUUCAUUUCCAUAUGGAAGGAGAUGUGAGUGGUUCAUAUGUAAAAGGCUGUGCUAUCCAUCGAAGUUUUAACCGAGCAGUAACAAUGCAUCAUGUUAACAACUUAGUUGUGGAGAGAAAUGUUAUCUAUGAUAUCCUAGGUAAUGCAUACUUUAUGGAAGACGGAAUCGAAGUAGGGAAUGUGAUCCAGUACAACCUUGCAAUAUUUGUAAAACCAUCUAGUUCCACACUAAAUGUGGAUAUCACCCCAGCUGCAUACUGGGUAACCAAUGCUAACAAUACAGUUUCUCACAAUGCAGCAGCAGGUGGAAGUCAUUUAGGAUUUUGGUAUCAAAUGUUUGAACAUCCAGAUGGUCCUUCUUAUACAGAUACAGUUUGCCCAAGAAAAGUUCCUCUUCGUGAGUUUAAAAAUAACAGUGCUCACACUAUGGGUCGUUUUGGCUUAUGGAUAUUUCCUAUCUAUCAUCCAAGCAAAACUGGUGAUUGCUAUGAUGACAGUCAUGAACCUGCAAAUUUUUAUGACUUUCUCACAUGGAAUAAUCAAAAAGGAGCUGAAUGUGUAGAAUGUGGAGCGAUUCGAUUUCAGAAUUUUGUUAUUCUUGAUAAUGAUGAAGCAGGUAUUGAAUGGGCUGAUGCAUCUUCCAGAAGUCCUCCUUGGGGUUUUCCCAUGAUAAACAACUCAUUAAUAAUAGGUCAUUCAGAAUUAUCAGCAACACGAGAAAUUCAAGAUCCAUCCACUCAACCUCUGUGUACAUUAAGUGGCAUAAAACUUCCGUUUUCUCAUCGACUUACUGUAAAUAAUGUUAAGUUUGUUAAUUUUGAUAGAAAUUGUGUUGCACUAGGAACAUGUGCUCAUUGCAAGCCAAUGGAUGGAGGAGCUAUUGUUCAUGUUAAUGCUCUUUCAUUUAAUAAUGUGAAAAAUAAAGUGUCUUUCCCUUUUGUAUCAGCAACUUGGCUGAGUGAUAUGGAUGGAACUUUGUCAGGGUAUGCAGGUGGAGGAGUUAUUCCUUACACAAAUAUUUUAGAUUCAAGUCGAUGUAUUCUGGAUGAUUCUAUGUCUUUUGGUGGUGUUCCUGGAGCAAUUUGUUCUAGUGGAAAGUUUGUUCGUGUAGCUUUUAAUCAAGUGUUUCCAAGUUCUAUAAAUGAAAAGAGUGCCCUUUUUACUAGACAAAUAAAUUAUCAAACAAGAAAAAAGCGUUCUGUUGUUUCUGAUAAUAUUGGUGUUGUUCCAUGGCGUAAAAAAUCUAUAACUCAUCCUUUAGGUUACACAGUUUUGUUGGAAGUUGGUGAAAAGUAUUUGUUUUCAUUUGUUAAUUCAACUCAAUUUGUUAAUAUAACUUACAGCAUGGAUAUCUAUGAACUUCAACCAAAUAACUUUCUUUAUCUCUCUCACAACUUUAUGCAAGAACCAGAUUACUUUUUAACAACAAAUGUACCAACUAACAACACAAAUAAGUUUCCUGCUGCUGCUUAUUAUAAACAUGGAAAUUGGUUUUACGAUAACAGCUCUAAAAGUGUUACAUAUCUAAUUGAGAACGAUGCUACUGUUGACCCUAAAAACCCUCCAAGCCAGCAUAUUGGUUUACAAGUUUACAGAUGUUACUUUGAUAAAUGCAUUGUCCCAACACUUCCACCUGUAGUAAAAGGUGUUUUUGGAGCACCAACAAAUUGGAGUGAUAUUCAAACUUGGAAAAAUAUUACAAAAGAGUAUGGAGGUUACAACAACACUUUGCCAAAAGAUAAUGAUACAGUUAUGAUACGCGCAGGUCAAUAUGUGAUUGUGGAUAAGAAUGCAUACAUACCAAUAAUGGUUCGUUUAUAUAUAUACGGAACACUUGAGCUUGCUAUGAAUAGAAAUCAUACAAUUCGUGCAAAUAUAAUAAUUAUUUCUGAUGAGGGACAAUUAAUAAUUGGUCGUCCAGAUCAACCAUUCCCAUCUACUUUGUUUGUUUUAAUAAGUUUAUGGGGUGAUCAAUCCACACAAGAUCUUCCAUUAUCAAAUGGACCUAACCUUGGUUCUAAAGCUUUAGGAGUUUUUGGUAAUUUAUCAAUGUUUGGAAACCCUCAUAAAGUGCACUGGACUCGUUUAAAUGAAACAAUGCAAAAAAAUGCUCAGUUUUUGAGUGUUAUUGAUAAAACAGAUUGGGUUGUUGGAGAUGUAAUUGUAGUGACAACAUCUACAUUUGAACCUCGACAAGCAGAAAAGUUUACUAUUGUUGCAGUUUUUGAUGAUGGAAGAAGAUUCAAAGUUGAUACACCAUCUCAGUAUUCUCAUACUGCUUCUUUGCAUUCUAUUAAUGGUAGAAAUUUUAGCAUGAGUGCUAAAGUUGGAUUAUUAUCUCGAAAUAUCAUAAUUGAAGGUGCAAACGAACCAAAAGGAUCAGUAACAAAUGAUGGUUUUGGAUGUCGAGUUUUGGUUGGGAAGUAUACCCAAGAUGGAGUAAAAUCUGUUGGUAAUGCAAUGAUAUCUGAAGUUGAAUUUAGAAGUUGUGGCCAACUUGGUUAUGCAGACUCCUAUGAUCCAAGAUAUGCUUUGGCAUUUUUAAAUAUUGAUGAUGUAACUGCUGAAAAUCCAUCGUUUGUUAAAGGAUCAUCAUUUCAUGAUGGUUAUAAUAUGGGGAUUGGUGUAUAUGGUACAAACAAUUUAAUUAUAUCAGACAAUGUCAUUCAUCAUACUGUAGGACCUGGGAUUGAUCUGGAAGGAAGAAAUAAUGGUAUUAUAAAUAAUCUUAUUACAUUAUCACUUGCUGAAGGAACAUUUAUGACUACUGCAUACCAGUUUGAUAUGAAAUGGCCUGGGGCCAUCCAAGUGCAUAAUGCAGUAAACUAUACCAUGUAUGGAAAUAGUAUAGCCGGAAGUGAAAAGAUUGGUCUAAUAACACGUGGUGUGGAUUGCAAUGAUAAUAAUGCAAUAGCUCGUAUAUAUAAUAAUGAGAUCCACUCUACACUUCAUGGUGUACAUUUUCUUGAUUCCACAACAUAUUGUUGGAAAAUAGAAGACUUUUUAAUCUGGAAAAACUUAGAUUAUGGUGUUUAUGCAUGGCCUAACCAGCCUAUUGUUGUUAAAAAUUGCAUUGUUGCUGACAAUAAAAUUGGUUUGAGUUUAAAUGUAUUUAAUCCUAUUGCACAUCUGUCAUCAAACAACUUUGCAAAAGUUCAAGACACUUUAUUAAUUGGACGAACAAGUAAUUUUGGUUGUAAUGAAGAUGAUGUUAUUCCAUAUCAUUCAAAAUUCUAUCCAUCACGAAGGUCACCUCGUCCUCUUGGAGGUGGCAACUUAGGAAUUUAUUGUUCAACAUUUUCUAAAUUGUUACCACCUGGUCCUCCGAAACCAUUUGAAAAUCCAAUGUCAUACCCUGCUAUCAAAGGACUAUUGGAUCUAGAUAGAGUAUCUUUUAUUUCAUUUCAGUCUACUUGUGGUUUAAACAAACGUGACUUUGUUUGGAUGACCAACAAUAUUUAUGGUGAUAUUAUUCACCCUACAGAAAUAAAAAACUCAACUUUAAUUAAUGUUGAUUUUAACAACUUAAUUUGGCAUGAAACACCAACCACAAGGUUUAUCAAUCCAUCAGAUUGUGUAGACAUGGAUUGUGAUGCUCUUCGUAAAGCACUUGUUACAGAUCUUGAUGGUUCUUUUUUUGGUAGCCCUUGGGCUUCUAUGAUUUCAAGAUCAGAGUAUCAAUGGGAUGGCAAUAGAGAAUUUGGUUUAGGUAAUUUUCGCAUUCCAAAGACACUUCUUACUACCUCAAAUGGAUCACGAUUGGAUGCAAACACGCUCUUCCCUAACAAAGGAAUCUAUCGCGAUAAAUGCGUAUUUAAAAUUGAAUGGGGAGCUUACUAUUGUAACAACUACACUGUUUACAAAAUGUUGAUUAUUGAAAGUUUAGAUGCUGAUUCAGAAAGUCGAAGACUUUCUCCAGUUGCUCUUGUUACAAGUGGUUAUAUUGACCUAAUUAAUGGACCACAAGACCAUGGUUGGUGUCACGGUUACACAUGCCAGAAAAGGUUAUCAACAUUCAAUGCAAUAGUUGCAACAUCGAAAGUCUAUGAACUACAUUUUACUUCCUACAAUCCUAUAACCACCAGGUUGCAGCUAUUAAAUAGCAAACCAACUGAUUCAAUUGUUAUUAAAAUAUAUUAUGCUAAACGACAGAGACUUGAUGUUUUUAUAAAGGGUCCAGGAAAAGAUAGUAUUCUUGUUGAUCCUAACAAUCGUCAAAAUGGAAACUAUAUGCCGAAGGAUCGCUCUAAUCCAUUAAAAUAUGUUCCAAGCAUAACUAGUAACCUUGGAAGUAACUGGUUUGAUUCUGAUACUCAACUUUUAUGGGUUGUAUUAAGAGGAAGCGAUUAUGUUGAUAUAAAUAUGGCACAAACUAUUCAAUUAAGUAUGGGAAUGACACCAAUGCGUGAUGUUGGUUUUGAGGAAUUUUUUGAACAAAAUCUUAUUCAAAAUUUGGCUGAUCUGUUGCAAAUUGAUAAAUCUAAAAUUAGAAUUAUGAGCAUUGUUGCAGCAAGUAAGCGAAAACGAAGAGAAACUCCAACACCCAUUAAUGUUCAGUUUGAGAUUGGCAAUCCACCAAAUUCAACUAAUUAUACUUCAGCCAAUGAUACAGCUGCAUCUUACAAUGAGAUCACUAAAAUUGCAGCAGUUUUAGUAGAAAGUUUUCAAACAGGACAGCUUGCUAAAUCUCUUUCUGUUGAACUAAAUGUCAUCAAUGUAGUUCAACCACAACCUUUACCGGUAGCUCCUCCAACAAUAUUAAUCAACAUAACUGAUAAUUCAACUGCACCACCACCAACAGACAUUAUUAAUAAUCAAGUUAGUAUUGAUUACCUAAUUCCAAAAACUCUUGUUAUAGUAAAUAAUCCUAGCUCUGAAAGUAUUGAGACAUUGCAAUUUAAAAUCCAGCCACAAUUUCAACUAAAUGACUAUGCAAACAAAUGGGUUCAAAAUGUUGGUUCACAGCUUUUACCAUGGCAAAUAACAGCUAGUUUAGUUGAUGGUUUUGGCAAUCCUAACGCGCAAUUAACCGGAACUACCACAGUUUCCUUUUCUAAUGGAACAGCUGUUUUUACUGAUCUUGCAAUAACUCAUAGUGGUUUUGGUUAUCGUAUUUUAUAUAAAGUAACCUAUCCUGCAGAACAGUCAUUUUCAUUUGUUCACCCUAUUUCUGUACUUUCCAUUGACAAAUUUCCACUCCGUUUAUUACAUGGCAAUGAAAUUGAAGUGUUUUCUGAUGAUACUGUACAACCAAUUGAAAAUAUUGUCAUAACAACCAUUAAUGCUACAAAUGAUGGAACUUCAGACAUUACUUAUUCUAUAUCAAAUGGUAAUGACAACAAUAUGUUUAGCAUAAAUAACAAUGGAAAAAUUAGUUUAAAUAAAAGUCCUACACUUGGGUUUUAUUAUUUGACUAUACUUGUUCAAGAUCAAAAACAAAGAAACACAACAUGCUCUGUAUUGAUUUUUUUUAAAUCUAUUAGUGUAAAGUAUAGAAUUAUUGCUGGUAGCAAGACCAACAAUUUAAGUGAGUUUCAAAGCAACACAACUGUUCCAUUUUAUAUCGUGGUUGGAUGGGAUCCUUUACUAGCUUUUGAUGUUGAAAUUAACUUUCAAUCAUCAGUUUAUGCUGAUUUUGUUGAGAGCGACUACAGCUUUGUAAAUUCAAACAAUCUUACAAAAAGGUUUAUUGGCGUACUUGGUUUUUCAGAACAAAAACGAGGUUUUGUUAAGUUUGCAGUCAUGAGGUUAAUCAAUACACAAAAUAUCACAAAGUCAAUUUUUCAAUAUUCUUUAAACAAAAUUGUUGAUCAAUCUCUAAACCAAAUAAAAUUCAUGCCAGGUUGUCAAGAAAACAUAACAUAUGAUAUACAUAAAGAUUGUUCAUUUGAUAUAUUUGAUGUUGCACGUCUGAGUUAUUAUCAACAUUUAUAUGGCACUGUUGUUGUUGAUUCUAAUAACUUUAAUAUGGAUACAGAUCUGAAUGGAGUUAUUGAUAAAGAAGAUGUCAUGAAUAUUUACGACAUUUAUAUUGGAAACAAUGAUGCUAUUUUAGAUAUUCAAUUUAAAGAACCUUCUGAGUCUUCAGGAUGCCAGUUUUUGAUGACAGUAAUAUCAAAACAUUUUGGGGUAGAUAACUGGAAAAAACCUAACUCAGAUAUGUUUGCUGUAAUCACCUAUCACAGUAAUGUUGUUCAUGAACAGCUAAUAAAAUCAAACAUCAAUAUAUUAUAUAGCUACACUUUUAAAGUAGAUAGCAAAAUAAAGUUUGUUGACAUUGUUUCUAUGAAUAAAAGUUUAGAUGGAUAUUUUCUUAGUGUUACUGAUUGGCAAAUUCAUGCUGAAAACAUAGGUGUUUCUUUUUAUCAAAUUCCCCCUGUUUUAAUUCUAAAUACAGUUUACUACUCUCCUAGAAGAGUAAUAAAUACUUUCAAAAAAAAUUUUGAUUUAAACAGUGAGAAGAAAAUUAUUGCUUUAGAUUCAGGUUUAACUUUAAGUUUAGAAAGCACUUUUAGCCCUCAGCUGACUUUAACAUUUAGUAAAACAAGUCACAGAUGCAAAACUCCAUCAGUUUCUGCAAACAUUAAAAUCAUGUUUGAAUAUGACUAUGACAAGCAUGUGCUUCCAAACAAAGAUUUAUUUGAAAGUCAGUUUAAAUUGUUUUAUGAAAACUAUGAAUACAAUAAAAAUCAUCGGGUUGUCACAGUUACAAUGAUAAAUGCAACAAAAGGAAGUAUUUAUAUUAUUAUGGAUAUCUUGAUAGACAAGGUAGAUCAAAACAAUUUUGUAGAUAGUUUGUUUUCAGAUUUAAGUAAUGGUAAAUUAGUAUUUGAGUAUAAUGGCGUUUUGUUGAAAGCCUCCAACUAUUUGUCUGUCAAUGGAACAACUAUGCAACAAAAAAAUGAUGUGAGCUCUAAUUCGUGGAAGGUUGCAGUAGCAAGCUUAUGUGUAGCUUUUUUUGUUGGAAUUACUUGUGUUUUACUUUAUUUAAGGUAUAAAUCAAAACUUAGAAAGAAGAUGCUUGGAAAACCUGAACAAAAGUGUGAUGAACAUAACAUGUUUGAAAAAACAAACAGUGAUCUAUCGAACUUAAAUAUGGGUUCUAAAAUUUCAAUAAACGAAGAUAAAUGGCUUCACCAAAAAAUUUUUGUUGCUUUGCAACCUUCUAUUUCUAAAAUUGAAACUGAAAAUGAAAUUGAUAAUGAAAAUGAAUCUGAGAGUACAAGUGAAAAUAUAUUAGAAAGUUCUUCUGCUACAUUAAUGGAUCUAGUUGAUAGAGAGGAAGAAAAAAAUGUAUCGAGUAAUAAAAAAUUUGCAUUUGUAAAUUAUGGCUAUGAUCAAACAAUUCUUCCAGAAAAUGUUAUCAGGUCCACAAGUUCCAUAAAAAAACAAUCAGAUGACAGCACAGUGAGUCAUAGAAUUACAAGUAGAUCUCUAAAGAAUGUGAGAGAUAUUUUUACUAGUGAGGAAUGCUUGCGAGUUGAUGCAAAAAAGAAUGAUGAGCAAGAUAAAAUGUAUUCUGAGCCACCUAAAAGAUAUGGAGUUCUUUCUCCGUUGGCAACUUCUUUAAUGUCAACAAAUUUAACUGGUACAGUACCUCCAAUUAAUAAAGUAAAUAAUGCAGAGGCUCAGACGAAUUAUGAUCCACAUUACAACUCUUCAAUAACAUUACCAGGAGAGAUUACUAUUAAUAAAGAUGAAGGUAUGCGGUUAUUAGAAAUUUUUCAGAUGACGGAUGGCGCUUUUUCUUCUUUUCAGUAUGCUGGUGUAACUCGUGCUAAUAUAGAUAACUCGUUGUCUUUUCUUCGUCCAUUGGUUAAAAAAGCAAUCGGAAGUGAGUUGGAUUUUGUGUUUGUUUCAUCACAUAAAAAGACAUUUCAUCCAGCCACUGAGAAAACAGUUCUUGUACGUGAUGCAUUUAAAAAGCAAAUCAAAGUGAAGAUGAUUACCAAAGAUGAAAUUACUGAGCUGUAUUGCAUUUGUGGUGAACCUGGCAUCAUUAAAUGUAUGAAAUGCAUCAAACAAAUUUAUUGCAGUGAAAGUUGCAAACAAAGAGAUUAUUGGUUGCACAAAAAAUAUUGUAUAAAAUAAAUUAUUUAAAUGAAAGUUUUAUGUAAUGUAAUUACAAAACGUGUAUUUAUUUAAUGAUUUGAUCUAUUGGUAUACGAUCUAAUAACUGAUUUUUCAAAUUUUCUUAUUUAUUUGAGAUGAACUUUAAGCUAAAAUAUUUAAUUGUUACGACUAAUUAAAAGUGUUUAUAAAAUUUUUAUAUAUAACUAAAUUAGUAAAGAUUAUAUUUGAAAGUUGACAUAACAUGAAACGAUAAAAAUUGUGAUAUUUCAAAGUGAUUCGUAAUAAACUACUUAUAUUAAUAAUGUUUUUAGGGGAUUUUUGUGUUAUAGUAAUUUAAUGUAAAUGUUAUUUAUUAAAUUUGUACAAUAUUUUAUAUAUAAUAUAUAACUAUAUAAGUAACGUAUUUAUAUCGUAUUUAUAAAAUGUGUGAUACGAAUGAACUCAUUUAUAUGUAUGCAUUGCACUUUUGUAAACUUUUAUUUUUGUCACUAUAACAAAAAUUUAUUUAAUGAUUAUAAUAAACCA